AUGGUAAUUCGCCAUGUGACACCAGACAUUGUGACCAUGAGUCUGCCAUUCGCACGGUUCGGACACAUCCAGUUCGGCGGGCGAGGGACGCUAGUCAAGCUUGCCACCGGCUCUCUUGCAGUAUUUUCGCCCGUUAGUCUAACACCCGAAGUCCGCGAGACAGUCGAAUCCCUUGGCGGAAAUGUCAAAUACAUCACGGCACCAGAUAUCGAGCACCACCUCAAUAUCACCCCGUGGAAGAAGGCGUAUCCGCAAGCAGAGAUUCUGGCCCCAGAGGGUCUUUAUGAGAAGCGGCAAUCGAACCCAGAGUUCCAGGACACUCCGUUCGAGCAUGUAUUCAAGAAAGAUGAUCAACUGCCGCGGUCGAUCUCGAAGGAGUUUGAUGCUGAGUUUGACAGCGAGUAUGUGUACGGCCAUGGGUCGCGUGAGCUGGUGUUUCUGCAUAAGCCCACGGGCACGGUCAUCGAGGCAGAUCUGCUCUUUAACCUGCCCGCUAAGGAGCAGUAUUCCAAGACCCCCGAGGCGGGGACUAAUUUCCUCACAAGGCUGAUUGUGCCGCUGUUGUCCACCAAACCGCCGGCUACAUGGCACAGGCGGUUUGCCUGGUACAUUCUCUCGUCACAGGAUCGGACAGCGUUCAAUGAGUCCAUGAAGAAGAUUAAUCAGUGGGAUUUCGAUCGUUUGAUUCCAUGCCAUGGUGAUACCAUCGAUACUGGUGCCAAGGAGAUAUUUCGCGAUGUGAUGGCAUGGCACUUGGACCGGAAGAACAACUAG